ACGACAAACAUAAUAAACUAGGUAUAUAGUGUGAAUUUGGAGAGGCUAGAAAAUGAAGGUGAAAACUGAAAAGUUCCAAUGUAAACGUGGGCGGCCAUGCAAUACAAACUUAAACCCAGUGCCAUUCCUCCUGAUCCCAAAUCAGCAGUGCGCACAAAAAAGGCGGCAGUGUUCGGCGCAAUUCUUGCAAAGGGGCAGUCAGGGUUUGAGGCAGGGGCCAAAAAGGUCUGACCUUUUCCGAAGAUUUUACACAUGGGGGUCACCAAGACGAUGAACUUCUCAGAACUCUAUAGGCGGGUCAAGAGAGCGUUGGCUCCUCUCAUGGAUUCCCCAAACAAAAAAUUGGGCAGGGACGGGGAUUUAGGGUUUCCGGGGAGGAUUGAAUUGAAGAAUGAAAUGCAGUCUGGUUUGACAAGUUCCAGAUUGGGCACAUCUGCUCAAACAACAUGUGCUGGUGGUCUGGAGUCUUCUUUGAGUCCAUCAGCUCGGCCAAACCCAAAUGUCUCUAGUUGGAGGCCUACUGUUAACUUAUGGCGUCCUACAUUUAGAGGUGAUUUAACUCGUGCCGGGGCAGGGCACGAGAGUUUCAUGCCAAAUGAUGAGCAGUCUCUUAUUCAAAAUAUAUUGCUGCACCUUUCUCAGCCAAGAUCUGAAGAUAAUCCUCCAGAUGGUACUCUUGCUGUUCCUCUUUUGAGACACCAGCGAAUUGCUUUAUCUUGGAUGGUCAAGAAGGAAACAACAGACCCAAGCUGUUCUGGUGGGAUUCUCGCAGAUGACCAGGGGCUUGGAAAAACUAUAUCAACUAUUGCUCUUAUACUCAAAGAAAGUAGAACAAAGGAUCCUUUCGAACUAGCUAACUAUGAUGUUGUGCUUACAACAUAUUCAGUUGUAAGCUUGGAAGUUCCUAAAAGACCUCUUGGUGAUGAUGAGGGGAAAGAUGGUCACCCUCUUGGUCGGGUUUCUUGGUUCAGAGUUGUGUUAGACGAGGCUCAAAACAUCAAGAAUUACAAAACUCGAGUAGCAAAAGCUUGUUGUGGUCUCCGUGCUGAGCGCCGGUGGUGCUUGUCCGGCACACCCAUCCAGAAUGCAAUUGAUGACCUUUAUAGCUACUUCAGAUUUCUUAGAUUUGAGCCAUAUUCUUCAUAUAAAAAUUUUCAUUCUUUGCUUAAAGUCCCUAUUCAGAUAUGGCCAAAACAUGGGUACAUGCUACUUCAAGCGGUGCUUAGGACUGUAAUGCUACGCCGUACUAAAGGAACAUAUAUUGAUGGAGAACCAGUUAUAACCCUUCCGCCUAAGAGAGUAGAGUUGAAAAAGGUCGAAUUUACUCAUCGGGAGCGGGAAUUUUAUCGCAGAAUUGAAGCUGGGUAUUGUGCACAGUUUGCGACAUAUGCAUCUGCUAGAGCGGUCAAACGGAAUUAUAUGAACAUAUUACAGAUGCUCACGCGUCUUCGGCUAGCUUGUAAUCACCCGCAUCUUGUUGAGAAAUCUGAUUCGAGUUCAGUUUCGAGAACUUCAAUUGAACACGCAUACGAUUCUUCAAAAAUCAAGGCUGCUCUCGAGGUUCUACAAUCUUUGUCUAAAUCACGAGAUGGUAACUCCCCAAAAUGUGAAGAUGAACAUGGUAGCUGUAAUCACGCAACAAAGAUAGCCGGAGAGAAAGCGCUUGUGUUUUCACAGUGGACAAGAAUGUUGGAUUUGCUUGAGGAUCGCCUGAAAAGGCUGUCCAUCCAGUACAGGAGACUGGAUGGAACUAUGUCCAUUGUUGCUAGAGACAAAGCUGUAAAAGAUUUCAACACAAUUCCUGAGGUGUCUGUUAUGAUUAUGUCUCUGAAAGCAGCUAGUCUCGGACUGAACUUGGUUGUGGCCUGCCAUGUCAUCCUUUUGGACCCGUGGUGGAACCCAGCAACUGAAGAUCAAGCCAUUGACAGGGCACAUAGGAUCGGGCAGCGCCGUCCUGUCACAGUUUUGCGCUUGACUGUAGAGGAUACUGUUGAAGACCGCAUUCUGGCUAUUCAGAAAAAGAAGAGGGAACUGGUGGCUUCUGCAUUUGGAGAGGACAAUGAUGGCAGCCAACAGACUCGUCUAACUGAGGAGGACUUGAAAUAUUUAUUCCGCUACAAAGCUUGAGACUCUGACAUUGGGACUUCUCACCAGUCACCAUUCCAUUCCUAAUUGCCAAUAUUUAGGUAGUAUUAGUAGAAGUAAUUGCAUAUGGUUAGUCUCUCUUAGAAAUGAAUGCUUUUCCAGACG